UCCAGUGCUACUCGUUUCCCUCAUCCCAUAAUGCUUGGUCAGCUGUUUGCCCUCGGUGUGGGGGCAUUGGCCGUCCGGCAAGGUUUAAAAUGGGCCGCUACCUCGAACAUCAUGCUUCCAAAAUUGCCCUGGGCCGCCCUCCGAUCUCUUAGGGGCUUAGAAGGGUUCGAGUCGAAGAUGUCUCGAGGGGAAGCCUGCAAAGUACUCAACCUCAGCCUUGCUCGAGCCUCGAAGGAGAACGUUCGGAAGGCGCAUCGUGAGCUGCUUUUAGCCAACCAUCCUGAUAAGGGCGGUAGUACGUUCAUUGCGACCAAGAUUAAUGAGGCUAAAGAUAUACUCAUAGGUAAAGGCAAGUAACGUAGGUUAUAGAAUACAGUGACUUUUUAAUCGCUUUAUCAGUAGUC